AUAGGCAGUCCUGUCCUUUCCCAGGGCAGGUUAUGGCUGAGGACUUUGUGAAGAGAAGAGGAGAAAAGACGACAACUCGGAUUAUUUGAUUGGAAUUAUGCGUUUUUGGUGCGUUUGAUUGCGCACUGCGUUUAUGAACUGUGCUUUUUACGCAGCAGCUGUGAUGAGCUCCUAAUCGAGAAGGCUUUCAAACUGCCAAGAUGUCUCACGCACAGGUUGAGAUACCAGGACGCGGUUUCCCUGGCCUCCCUAUGAAUAUGACCGAAGACUGUUUAUCCCGGGUCCCAUCCGUGUUAAGGACGCACGGUUUGGGUGCGCGGAGGAACUCUUACGGGCUGCAGAAAAUAAGCAUGGACCUCGACUCGCCCCUGUACAGCGGCGCCCUCUCCAAAGCCUUGUCCUGGUCUGCUGAGAAUAUUUUAUCUUUGCAUGAGUCCAGAGCAGAGGAUGAGAAAACCGACGACUCUCCAGCGUCGCCGUCUCCUGUUUCCAGCCCGGGCACCAGCUCCAACACGCCCCCCUGCAGCCAGGAGCCAGACGCCGUCUCCCUCGGUGGGAACUGGGACCCCGUGGAGAGAUCCAGCGCUCAGGACGUCAGCUCGGAGUCUGAAAAUGAACUUCAGAACAAGCAGAACAAAAUCGUGUCUCGCAUCACGUUUGAUGCCCAGUGGGAGCAGGAGGAGAAGGAGGACGUGGAGACCAAAGCGGUGGCGACGUCUCCUGAUGGAAGAUACCUGAAAUUCAACAUAGAGAUUGGACGGGGGUCUUUCAAGACGGUCUAUAAAGGACUGGACACAGAGACGACAGUGGAGGUGGCAUGGUGUGAGCUACAGACCAAAAAGCUGACCAAGGCAGAGCGCCAGCGUUUCAGUGAGGAGGUGGAGAUGCUGAAGGGCCUGCAGCAUCCCAACAUCGUCCGCUUCCACGACUCCUGGAAGUCGACGGUGAAGGGCCACAAGUGCAUCCUGCUGGUGACCGAGCUCAUGACGUCGGGCACGCUCAAAACGUACCUGAAGAGGUUCAAGGAGAUGAAGCUGAAGCUGCUGCAGCGCUGGAGUCGUCAGAUCCUCAAAGGGCUUCACUUCCUGCACACGCGCACUCCUCCCAUCAUCCACCGGGACCUCAAGUGCGACAACAUCUUCAUCACCGGCCCCACCGGCUCCGUCAAGAUCGGAGAUCUGGGCCUGGCCACGCUCAAAAGUGCCUCUUUUGCUAAAAGUGUCAUCGGAACUCCAGAGUUCAUGGCCCCGGAGAUGUACGAGGAGAAGUACGACGAGGCGGUGGACGUCUACGCCUUUGGAAUGUGCAUCCUGGAGAUGGCCACCUCUGAGUACCCGUACUCCGAGUGCCAAAACGCCGCCCAGAUCUACCGCAAAGUCACCAGCGGAAUCAAACCCGACAGCUUCUACAAAGUCAAAGUCCCCGAGCUGAAGGAGAUCAUUGAGGGCUGCAUCCGUAUGAACAAUGAUGAAAGGUACACCAUCCAGGACCUCCUGGAUCACCCCUUCUUCCAGGAGAACAACGGCGUGCACGUGGAGCUGGCAGAGGAGGACGACACGGUGAAGUCGGGCCUGAAGCUGUGGCUGCGCAUGGACGACACCAAAAAGCUCCACGGGAAGUACAAGGACAACAACGCCAUCGAGUUCCUGUUCGAGCUGUACAAAGACGUGCCCGAGGAGGUGUCUCAGGAGAUGGUGGUGCUCGGGUUUGUGUGCGAGGCAGACUUCAAGCUCGUGGCCAAGGCCAUACGGGACAGGGUGACGGCCAUCAAGAGGCAGAGGGAGAAGCUGAGGCGGCAGGCGGAGGAGAGGAAGAAGAAGCAGGAGCAGGAAGCCCUGGAAGAGGAACUAGAGCUUCAGGCGCCGUCGGCUAAAGUCGGUGAUGUUUCCGCGGCGGGGUCUCCCGUCCCGGCUUUCACGCCUCCGACGCCCCUCCUGUCCCCCGUCACCAGCUCUGUGGACUCUGGGGUCAGCUCCAACUACCCCGCGGAGCCAGAGGAGCCCGAGGCGGACCAGCACUUCCACAUCCGCCACAACAGCUUGUCCUCUGCUAACUCUGACUGCGAGACAGACGGCUAUCAGAGCUCCUCUGGGCUUCAGGAUCCGCUGGAGGCCGGCAGCUUCAACUCGCCCGUGACCCCUCCCACCAAGCACCACGACCCCCCCGCUGCUAACUGCCUCCCCAUCCCGGCCCUCCGCUUUCCCUCGAGUAUUGCUGUUUCCAGCAACAUUGAACGUGGCAACUCAGGGCCCCAGAGCGGCUUCAACUCCCCCGUGGAAAGCUACGCCUCCGAUGUGACUUCGAGUUUGAGCGACGGCUACGAGGGCCUAUCGGAGAAGAGCGAGAAAACAGCUGCCAGACGAACAGCUGCCAAGCUGUUCAGGAGGAGGGCUCGGUCGAGGCUCCGCAUCACAGGGCUCUCUGAUAAAGUGGACCGCGUGGUGGAGUGUCAGCUGCAGACACACAACGACAAGAUGGUGACCUUCAAGUUUGACCUGGACGGUGAUAACCCUGAAGACAUCGCUGCUGUCAUGGUGCACAAUGAGUUCAUCCUGCCGUCAGAGAAGGAGGGCUUCAUCCAUCGCAUGGGCGACAUCAUCAAACGGGCCGAGUCUCUGAUGGCCAAUGAGCAGCUGGUCCACCCAGGCGGGCAACGAUAUCCCCAGCCCGCUUUCCACAACGGGGUGAACUCUUUGUCUUCUUCGCAGCCCAAUCUGCACAGUCACGCCCUGCCUCGAACCAACUCCUCCUCAUCACUACCGGACUUUGGAGCUCUUAACCCAAACAUAGCUGCACGUGGCUCCCCCCAGUUCCCCAUUGGAGACGUCUUCGCUGCAGACAUGACUUCACCUGGGCGACCUCUAUUACGCUCACAGUCUUUCAACAACACCCCAGGGUCUCCACUCCAUUAUCAGCACCACCACAACCCUGCAUCCCUCCUGCCUCACCACCAGCACUACCACCUGCCCUACAUGGGCCACAGUCACUUCCCAUUCCCGUACCCGGGCUCUCCUGGUUCCCCCAAACCAGCCCUCCACCCCCCUCUCACACGUGUAGCCAGUAACCCCACCUUCCCCUCCAUCCCCUCCCCUCUACCUGGUUCUCCAAGUCCUCUGACUGAGACCCCAAGCCCUUUAAGCAACGAGGGUGUCAACAUGUCCCCACCGGGCCCCCAGCACCCCAACAUGUGGCCCCCUCACACGCAGCCGCUGUUUUCCUUAGCAAAUGUCAUCUCCAUGGCGAUGAGCAUGGCGCAGUCUUUCAUCCCUCCUACGAGUCACUCAGCCCAGGGGAUGCCCUCCUUCCCAGGCUUCCACCCACAGCUGCCUAGUCACAUGAACCCUCAGCCGGGUUACCCCUCCGUCUACCCCCAGCAUUACCAGACCUCACCAGUAGAGGCCCACUACCCUGCAGCACAAGGGAACAUCUACCACAGCCCUGAGAGUACGCCCCAAGUUGACGGCUACCCCCAGAGCGCUCAUCCGGCCUGGAUGUAUCAGGUUUCUCCACCCUCCAUGCCCUCCACUCCUCCUCUGGUUCCUCAGGAGCCUCCGCAGCAGGUUGGAUUCUCCAGUACGACAAGCAUGACCAGGGAGGACGGUGCCCAGAGUUAUCCAGCUCCAUUCUCAGCAAUGGUUCAAGCUCAGUCUGAACCCAAAUCAGAUGUUUCCAGUUCAAACUCCUCGUCAGAUCUGUCUCCGUCUCCCUCAGAGAGCCCAGAAAACACUUUAUCAUCCUUCAGCACACAAAUUCGUCCCGCUAUACCCGAGAUGCACACCAGUACCCCAAAACCAAAAGCUGCUUCUACUGAAUCUGGAGUCCAGUCCGCUCCGGUCACCGUCGGGCGCUUCAAGGUGACGCCCAGCAUGGACAUCCCUGCGCCUGCUGCGACAGCGGCCGCCGUACCUGCUGCGCCUCAGCCCGCCGACAGCGGCAGCACCCAGUCAGAGAGCAGCACAGAGGAGCAGGGCGAGUCCGAGACGAGCAUGGGCACCUCCCUCACCAUGUCCCCUCCUCAGCCGCACCCCCACAGAGGGCUGACGGGGGUCAAACAGGAGGUGGACGGGGCCGCAGCAUGGGCUGGGAGCCAGGAGACACAAGAGCAGGACAGAGAAGAAGAAGACGAGGAGGAGGAGGAGGAAGAGGAAGACGAGGAGGAAGAAGAAGAAGAAGAGGAUGUAAGGGAGCGACAGAGGAUGAGGAGAAGGACGAGAAGGAGGGCGCACAGCCUGAGCCUGAUGGGGACGUCGGCGGAUAGCGGGCUCUCGGUGACGGCUGCGGAGUCGGGGGAGGGGAGGCUGUGGGACGGAGCGGUGGGCAGCCCGCAGUACAGCAACGCCCUCCAUCACCUGUGGAUGAUGACGUAUAACAGAAACACUCCCUACCUGAGCAGUGACGACUCCGACAGCGAUGAUGAAGACAUGCUGGUGGAGCUUCAGGAGCUCAGAGAGAAACACCUUACCGAGGUUCAGGCUCUGCAGGCCGCGCAGAAGAGGGAGAUCGAGGAGUUGUACGAGAAGAUGGGGAAGAUCCCUCCUCCGGGCAUCGUCUCUCCCGCCGCCAUGCUCUCCAGCCGACAGCGCCGCCUCUCCAAGGGGAGCGGCUUCCCCUCGUCCCGCAGGAACAGCCUGCAGCGCCUCGACGUACUGCCACUCCAGGGUAUCAUCAGGAGAAACUCUCUCGGAGGCAGCAGCAGCGGAUCCCAGGAUAAACCCAGCAAAGGUGUCACCUUUGCCACUGACAUUAGUAGAAUGUAAGAAACUCAGCCAAGCACGCUGUAUUUUUUCUACCUCAUCUGAAGUGUGACAACAGUGGUCAAAAACCCCGCACAAGAGGAACACUCUUCACUGGCACACCGAUCAGCAAACGGCUUCUCUCUCCGGCCGUUCAAUUACCUCAAUGUCCAAAAACGAGCUGUCAUCAGUGAAGCUGGAUCCACACAGGAACUGUAACUAAUCCAGUUUUUUUCCCCCGCCCUCUUUCGGUCACAUCUGGUGAAUUUGUUGCAGCUGGAGCACAGAAUACCUACUAAGUUCUUUUUGUGCUCUCUUGUAAAUAAAACUUUCAGAUCCACUGGUGCGGUCACAGAACUCUGCAAAAAUGUCACAUCACAGGAUGUUUUUCAAUGUUUCUCUGAGGGAUUUGUUUUUUUGUCGUUGUUGCUUUAACGCAGUCAAAUCAUAUUUCAGAGAGCUGCACUGACUAUGACUUUGACACAGAAUAAUAAUAGUUACUGUUUCCCUUCCUGUCUGAUUCACUGCCGUGUGUCAAUGUGAGGCUCGGACACUUUUUACUGACUGUUGUUCAAAGACAACACUUCUGAUAAUCUUGUAUCUUUACUUGCUGUAGUUUUGUGUACAUACAUAUAUAUAUAUGAAGAUGUCUCAGCACCUGCUGAAUGCACAGUGAAUACACUCUGAUCAUCGCCUUCCAGGGGCCGUAGAGAGCAAUCUAGAUGCUUUGUACACUUCGAUGAAUAUUUAUCGUUUAUGAAAUCAUUUUCUGAAGUUGUUCCGACACCUGAGAAGAUUUCUUACACUCGGUCUGAAGGAGUUUAGCUGCAUUUAGCUGAGCAGUUUGUGCAACAUGGAGAUAACUGUUUCUGUUAAAAAAAAAAAAAAAACAUACUAUGUCAAUGCUUCAGUAAGAAACAAAAGGUCUGUUAGCGUAGCACUUUCUUCAGCAGAAAGACUCAAUCUGUUAGUCUGCAUUCAACGGUACGCCAUACCAUAGCAGAGACGUCACUCGUGAAUUUUCUAAUUAAAAUGAUUUCUCUGUAUUGAUUAGAUGUACAAAAUCAACCUAGGUUUUAAACUACUGGCUUUCCUCUUUGUUGUACAUGUGUAUAUAGUAGAGUGCAUUUUUAGAUCAUGUUUACGAGUUAGGAGUAAACUAAACUUUAAUUUUCGCUCAAGCAGAUUUCCUAUUUGUCGCUUGUUCCAUAGAUCAAGCACCUUGUGCACUUUAGUCGAUUCUACUUCAGUUCUCGAUCACGCGUGGGUGAGACUGUGUUCACCUGAGGGAGAGCUGAGGUGUAUUUACUGUUCCUUCCUCCCCCCUAAUGGAAGCAGAUCUUAUUCUCUCCAGUUCAUUUCUGAUCAUAAUAAUGAAGAUCAAACCCUCCAAGAUUUUUUUUUUUUUUAACUAGUGCAUUAUGGGGCUUUUGACAGAUCAGUCCAAGCUGUGAAUGUGUAGACGUUGCCUUAUCAAAAUAUUCACAAUUCACACUGAAUUUUUCCGGUAAUGGAACUCCUGUAAAAAAAAAAAAAAAAAAUGUUUCCAAAAGUUCGUAAUAUAUUCAAAGAGGUCUCAAAAUUUUGAAUGUAAAUAGAUAUAAUUGUAUUGCUUUCUGAAGCUGCUGCUGUCCUGCCAUGCUGAAAUCUGUGCCUUUCCCUGACAAUGUCUUAUUUUAUAUUUGUACCUUUUGAGAUUUGGUGGUUAGAUCAGACUCCAUGUAUCAAAUUUCGACAACAAUAAAUGCAAUUGUACAGUAAACAC